AUGCCUGCUAUGGUGUGGCAUCAUAGAAUGACAUUCAUUCGGGCUGGCAUUGCAUUGGGAUUAUCGCACAGAAGAGGAGUUGUGAAUGUGUUCGACUCGUUCUCCUCAUUUCGAGUCCCGGCUGAGCUUUUCUCUAGGAGCCAGAGAGCACUCAUAGACAUGGAUAUCGACGAAUAUUUGAGCGAUGAUGAGAACUUCAUUCCUCUCACGAAGAAGAAGGCUGCACCGAAAGCUGCGGCGAAGAAGGCCAAGGAACCUCUUCAGCUCAGCACGGCAGCAAACAUCAGCAAGGGAAGGACAAUUGAGCAGACAUACCAGAAGAAAACUCCGCUAGAACACGUCCUCCUAAGGCCAGACACUUACGUCGGAUCAGUUCAGAGCCACACGCAGACCUUGUGGGUCUACGAGAAUGGCAGAAUGGUACAUCGCGAGGCGACCAUCGUCCCUGGCUUGUACAAGAUCUUCGACGAAAUUCUCGUCAACGCCGCCGACAACAAACAGAGAGAUCCCUCCAUGGACUUGCUCAAAGUGACCAUUGAUCCUGAAAAAAACAUGAUUAAGGUGUGGAACAACGGCAAGGGUGUACCGAUCGAGAUUCACGCGGACGAGAACUGCUACGUCCCGGAAAUGAUCUUUGGCCAUCUCCUCACCAGCAGCAACUACGACGAUACAGAGAAGAAGACGACAGGAGGUCGGAAUGGUUAUGGUGCUAAGCUCGCUAACAUAUUCUCCACGGAAUUUGUCAUCGAGACGGCAGACGGCGAACGCAAGGAACAAUAUCGCCAGGUUUUCAACGACAACAUGAGCAAGAAGUCGGAGCCUGAGAUCACGAAAACCAGGUCCGGAGAAAGCUGGACGUGUGUGACGUUCUACCCAGACCUGGCCAAAUUCAAGCUGACACAUCUUGAUGCUGAUCAUGUGGCUCUCAUGAGCAAGCGAGUGGUUGACAUGGCUGGAGUUCUCGGGAAGACUGUCAAGGUCGAGCUGAAUGGGAGCAAGAUUGCUCUCAAGAGCUUCCAAGAUUACGUCGGACUUUAUCUUGACUCGUCCAAGUCUGGUGGCGAAGUCCCUGGACCACUGCCCAAGAUUUACGAGAAGGUCAACGACAGCUGGGAGGUUUGCGUUUCACUAAGUGACGGCCAGUUUCAACAGGUCAGCUUCGUCAACAGCAUUGCGACAAUCAAGGGUGGCACCCAUGUCAACCUUGUGGCGGACCAACUUACCAAGUUUCUCAUAGAGAAGGCCCAGAAGAAGGCAGGGAAGGGUGCAUCUGCAAUCAAGGCACAUCAAGUGAAGUGCCACUUGUGGGUCUUUGUGAACUCGAUGAUAGUCAACCCGGCGUUCGAUUCACAAACUAAGGAGACUCUCAAUACACGAGCAAGCGAGUUUGGCUCGACGUGCAAGCUCCCAGAUAGCUUCCUCCAGAAAGUUGCAAAAUCGGGUGUGAUCGACAGCAUUCUCUCCUUCGCAACCUUUAAGGCGAACAAGGAUAUGAAGAAGAGCGAUGGGAGCAAGAAGCAGCGGCUCACAGGAAUUUCCAAGCUGGACGAUGCGAAUGAUGCAGGUGGACGCAAUUCCGAGCAGUGCACCCUGAUUCUUACUGAAGGAGACUCUGCGAAGGCUCUUGCUGUGAGCGGCUUGAGUGUUGUUGGUCGCGACAAGUACGGAGUAUUCCCUCUGCGUGGGAAGCUUCUGAACGUCAGGGAUGCCCCUGCCAAGCAGUUAACAGACAAUGCAGAGAUCACCAACAUCAAGCAGAUCAUGGGGCUUCAGCAGGGAAAGCACUAUGACAACACCAAGUCCCUGCGAUAUGGUCAUUUAAUGAUCAUGACUGAUCAGGACCACGACGGAUCUCACAUCAAGGGCCUCCUCAUCAACUUCCUUCACGCCUUUUGGCCAUCACUUCUGAAGCAACCCAACUUCUUGCUGGAGUUCAUCACGCCCAUCGUCAAGGCUACUGGUCCCCGUGGAAAGGUUCUUUCCUUUUACACCAUGCCCGAGUACGAGUCAUGGAAAGAAUCUCUUGGAGGAAUCACAAAGGGGUGGUCCAUCAAGUACUAUAAGGGUCUGGGAACAAGUACACCGAAGGAGGCAAAGGAGUACUUUGCAGCCCUUGAUCAGCACCGGAAAAGUUUUGAGUGGAGAGGAGAAGAGGAUGGCGAAAGCAUUGAGAUGGCGUUUAGCAAGAAGAAGGUGGAAGAGAGGAAGACCUGGCUGCGCAAUGUGGAGCCUGGGACUUUCCUGGAUCAGAGUGCCAAGUCGAUCAGCUACAGCGACUUUGUCAACAAGGAGCUGGUUCUCUUCUCGAUAGCUGACAAUCUGCGAUCCAUUCCAUCUGUCAUGGAUGGCUUUAAGCCUGGCCAGAGGAAGAUUCUCUUCAGUUGCUUCAAGAGGAAGCUGAAAAGUGACGUGAAGGUUGCACAACUGGCUGGUUACAUCUCAGAGCACUCGGCGUACCACCAUGGUGAAAUGAGCUUGAUGACCACCAUCAUUGGUCUCGCCCAGGAUUUUGUGGGCAGCAACAACAUCAACCUGCUGGUGCCAAGUGGCCAGUUUGGCACCCGCCUUCAGGGAGGGAAAGAUGCUGCAAGCCCCCGUUACAUCUACACCAGGCUGCAUAAGCUCACAAGGAUUCUUUUCUCUGAGGUGGACGAUGCCCUUCUGGACUUCCUGAACGAAGACGGACAGAAGAUUGAACCAACAUGGUAUCUCCCUAUCCUACCGAUGGUCCUCGUCAAUGGAAGUGAAGGGAUUGGGACUGGAUGGAGCUCCUACGUGCCAACGUUCAACCCUCGCGACAUUGUUGACAACCUCAAGCGGCUGAUGAGGGGAGAGGAGAUGGAGCCGUUGCACCCCUGGUUCCGUGGCUUCAAGGGAACUGUGGAACACAACAGCAACAAAGAUGGCCGGAAUUACAUCGUGACUGGAACCAUCAACAAGGUCAGCGACACUGUUCUGGAGAUCACGGAGCUGCCCAUCCGGACCUGGACGCAGAACUACAAGGAGUUCCUGGAGGGGAUGAUGGUUGUGAAUGACAAGAACAAGGAGCCAUUCAUCAAGGACAUGCGGGAGCAUCACACUGACACCACUGUGCAUUUUGAGGUCCACUUGUCGCCCGAGGGAAUGGCGACCGCAGAGGCUGAAGGACUGAUCAAGCGCUUCAAGCUGACGGCAUCAGUAGCAACCAGCAACAUGCACCUCUUUGACAAGGAUGGGAGGAUGAGGAAGUACGAAACUCCGGAAGAAAUCAUUGAGGAGUUUUAUCACAUUCGGCUGGAGUACUACAGGAAGAGGAAGGAUAUUCAACUGGAGCAACUUCGAAAUGAGCUCAUCAAGCUGGACAACAGAGUGAGGUUCAUCCUUGCAGUUGUGCGUGGAGAGAUCAUUGUCAGCAACAGGAAGAAGGCGGAGCUUCUGGCUGAACUCAAGGAGAAGAAGUUCGCACCCUUGCCGAAAGGCAAGGCCAGCUCGAGCAGUGGUUCGUCCACAGCCGCAGAUGAGGAGGGUGACGAUGAGGGGGAGGAGUCGGGUGAAGAGGAAGGGGGCUCGAAGGCCAAGAAGGGGGGCGAUGGUGGCUAUGACUAUCUCCUUGGCAUGCCACUGUGGAGUUUAACCCUGGAGAGGGUUCAAGAGCUGCUGAGGGACCAGAAGAAGAACCAAGACGACCACGAUGCUCUGUUGAAGACGGAGCCCAAGGACCUCUGGGAGAGAGACCUGGACAUGUUUCUUGAGGAGCUUGAGGUUGCGGAGGAGGAGGCGGCUCAGGAGAAGGCCAAGGAGGUAGCAGGCAAGCCUGGCAAGGGGAAGGGUCGUGUUGCCAAGGCUGUGGCCGCGAAGCCGAAAAGGGCACAAAAGAAGGCUCAGGUCUUCAGUGAUGAGGAGAUGGAUUUCAUCUCAGACUCAGAUGAUGACUUCAUGGAAGAUGCCAAGGUGAGGCGAGGAAAGGGCGCUGCCGCUGCUGCAGCAAAGCCGGCAGUAGUGGCUGCUACAACAAAACCACAGGCAUCUGUGCCUCUAGUUCAGGCACCAAAGCCGGAGGUGGUGAAACCUGCUCCCAAGUCGAAGCCUGCCCCUAAGCCAAAGGCAACGGCUGGAUCUGAUUACGACAGCGAUGAGGACUUUGGAGGAGGUACCCUCAGGGAGAGGCUUGCAGCCAUGGCAGCGAAGAUGUCACUGCAAGAAAAACCUUCAGAGUCCACAGCAGAAGUGAAGCCAGCAGCUUCCAAGAAAGAACCUGCCAAGAAGGCCGCAGCAAAAAGACCUGCCGCCAAGAAAAUGGAGGAGAAGGUGGAGAAACCAGCUCUUGGUGAUCAGUUUGAGUUCUUUGAUGAAGUGGACAUCAAGUCCCCCGUGAAGGAGCCUGUGAGCAAGGUGCAAAGAAUGCGUCCAUCCCCAUUUAGCAAGAAGAGUGGCAUGCCAGCAGUUGCAGCAGCAGAAGGUCGUGCCCAUCUCUCCCGUGGGGCCCAGAAGAAGAUGGCUGUGGUGCUCAGUGAUGACAGCGACGAGAGUGAGGAGGAGAGCGAGGAUGAGUUCCAGGACUUUAGCGAGGAGGAGUCCACCUUCCUUCGUUGCUGCCGUCCAUCGCACCUCAAAAUGUCGGUUCCCGACGAAGCCACACUUAUGUCAGCGCUACGUCAGCACCUUCCCGUGGAAUCCGGGAAGUUUCGCGUUGCGCGGGAUUCGCGCGUAGGAUUGGUGAUAGUGGAUGAGGUCAACGGCUUCUGCACUCCUGGCGCGGGGAAUUUGGCUCCGCCAGUGAGAGACGAGCAGAUAGAGAACAUGGUGUCUCGUACAUCCUCGCUGGCCAAUGACAUGCUGACACGUGGCAUGCCUGUACUGGCCUUUCUAGACACCCACGAGGCAGACAAGCCAGAGCCGCCGUACCCCCCUCACUGUGUGCGAGGCACAGGGGAAGAGAAGCUGGUAGAGGCCCUGGCGUGGCUUGAGAGGGAAGCAAGCAGGGGAGGAGAAACCGCUGCAGCAGCUCCAGACACCGAUGGGCGCGCGACUAGAGGCAGUGUGACUCUAAUGGAGAAGGACUGUAUCAACGGGUUUGUGGGCGGCAUACAAGCAGAUGGGACAAACGUUGUGACACAAUGGGCGAUCAAGCAUCAACUGGAACAUAUUAUUGUGGUUGGCAUAUGUACAGACAUUUGCGUCAUGGAUUUUGUGCUGACCGCGCUUUCUGCCCGAAACCAUGGGCUGUUCGGGCAGCAGCUGAAAGAAAUUGUGGUGGUUGCUCCUGCCUGCUCCACAUAUAACCUUCCCCGGCCUGUUGCUGAGACCCUUGGGAGGGGCGCCACUGCAUCACAUCCUCAGGAAGCCACCCAUCACUUGGGUCUCUAUUUCAUGCAUUCUAGGGCGAUGGGAUCGGCGCGCUUUUCCGCGAUCCCGCUCGCUCUUCUGUGCUGCGUUGCCGCCUUGCAUCUCUCGCCUGCUGCAGGAGCGGACGAUGAGCCAAUUAUAGUGCCGGAGAUGAUGGAGGGCGCGGAGGUGGUUCCCAAGGGCCCCGACGCGGAAGAUGCAGUGCUGCUGGACCGACUGAUGGAGAUGGGAAAUGCUCUUAGCGAGCAGAUGGAGAAAGGGUUGGCGAUAGCAGAGGGAGCGGAGGCGGAUCUGGUGGACGAGGUGGAGAGGAGCGUGGGACUGGUAGAAGCCAUGGCAGCCCAGGCCAACGCCACCCUGUCGGAGCGGGCCAUGAUUAUGGCGCAGGCAUUACUGCAGCAGGUGGAGCAGGCAGAGGCGAUCAUUGGCAAGCGCAUGGCAGCAGGCAGCAGCGUGGCCUCUGUAACGUCAGCUCGAGAAGGCAUACUCGCUACAGUACCACUUGAUAAGAGCAUAAAACGCUCCGACCUAAACGACACAUUUCUCAACUAUCAUAAAACGAACUACCCCGGGCAAGUGAAACUUCGCUGCAUGGGCGAACCCUGCCCGAACUUCGGCUCCUGCGGGGACUCCUUCCCAACCGUGCGCGCCUGCUUCCGCCCGGAAUUCGCCGACGAAAUUUACUACCGCCCGGACCAGCCGGAAAACUGCCCGAAACUGUCGCACGCGAAUGAGUCCGGGGAGCUUGGGGCCGAUCCGAGAUGUACUCACAAGACGGACCACCACUGGCACGAUGCGAUGGUGUUUCAGCUGUUUGCGCUGCGCGGCAUGUUCAUCAACGUCAAUGGGCUUGUCUUCAACCGCUCCCUCCACUUCGACCGCCACGGGUGCUUCCGAGACCUUGAGUUUGACUACAAGGCGGGGGAGGCGCAGGUGAUGAAGCUGCACCGCGUGGUGUCUCUAGCGUACAACCACGCGGUCGCCUUCUAUCACUCCCUCGUGGAGUUCUUCCCACAAUUCCUCAUGCUAGCUGAUCUGCUGCGCGCCAAUCCAGACAUCCCCAUCCUCUUCCGCCGCAGCCAGCUGGCCUUCUACAACGAGAUGGUGAAGCACCUGGUGGGGCUGGAGACGACUCAGAUGAACCUCAUAGUGGUGGAGGACACUCACCGCUCCAAGCUCAUCCACGCUGAUGUCGUCUAUCAGCCCGUGUACCAGGGGUGUGGCAAGCCCAGUCCCAGCCUGUGGCGCCACCUGCGCCUCAACUACCUCCUCCCUCCCGACGGCCUCCCGCUCUUCUCCUCCCCCUGGCGCCUCCGCGCCCACUCCCCCGGCCCGUGGUCCGACGCGCGCGCUGCUGUGCUGCCAGCGAACUGGGUGGUGGUGAUGGCGAGGCGCCCGGGGAACACGAGGAAGAUGGUGGGGUUUGAGGGGCUGCUGGCGGCUGUAGAAGAGCUUUUCGGCAAGGAGAGGGUGGUGAUUUUCAACGGCUCAAUACCUAUCCUGGAAGCCAGGGCGCUGUUCAACCGGGCAGCAGUCUACAUAGCAUCGCACGGGGCAGCCAUGGCCAAUCUGGUCUUCAUGCCCUCCGCCUCCUGUGUGCUUGAGAUCCGCCCUCGGGAAUACCUCAACGCCUGCUACCACCACCUAGCUUCCGCCUCCCAGCAGAAAUACUUUCUAGUUUUCGGGAACGGCACCAAGGACACCCCGCUUGAAUUUCACCUGUUCGACGUGCUGCCCGUGCUGAAAACUAUUCUGGAUUAUACCUUGAAGAGGGUUCGGGAGCAGGAAGAGGAUCCUUUGUUGGAGGAAGGGAGGGAGUGGGUGGAGAGAUUAGCAGAGGGAGGAGGGAAGAGCGCGAGGGAGAUGGGGUUUGUCACUCCUAUUAACGAAGGGGAGGUGAAGGAAGGGACGCUGCCCGAAGAUUUUAUCCGGGCAGAAAUGGACAAUUUGCACCUCAACAUCGGCUCGACGCACUCCCCGAAUAUGCUUUCCCUCGAGUGCCCGGGCAACUCCUGCCCGGAUUUCUCGGGCAGCUGCCAAAUACGGCCGGAUGCGUCUGCGUGCACGCCAGCCGCAGGAUGGAGGGACGAGGGGUUUCCGAAGCCGCCCGUGCCGGUGAACUGCCCGAAGGAGGACCGAUCGCACAUGGGGCCCGAGGGGAGAAAUGGGAGCUGCACCCAUGCUGCUGACUUCUUCUGGUUCGAAUGGCAAAUAUUUCAGGUUUACAAGCUGCGCAACGUUUACAUCAACGACGAGGGGCUCAUGUUCAACAAGACAACACAUUUCCACCGCGAGGGCUGCAACUGGGACAGCGAGUUUGAGUACAAGAAGGGAACGAAGAUAAAGAAGAUCAAGAGGGUGGUGAACCUGGUGUACCGGCAGGCCUCCUCCUUCUACCACGGGCUCAUCGAGUGGAUCCCUCAAUUCCUCCUCCUCGCCUCCACUCUCCACACCGCGCCCACGCUUUCUCUGCUCGCUCACGCUGGCCAGUGGGACUUUUAUGAGCAUGUGGCACAGCCGCUGCUGGGCAAGGACCUCUCGAAGAGCACUCUUCUGAACAUCAGCGAUGGAGAGAUCUACUUUGCAGAGGAGGUGUAUGUGCCGCUGUAUCAAGCAUGUGGCAAGGCCAGCCCGUCCUUUUGGACAGACUUUCGCCACCGCUUCCUCCUGCCGCCCAAAGGCCUGCCAGUCUUCCGCGGCAACCAAUGGGACGUGCGCCACGUCAGCGCACUCGAUUCCAAAACCGCCUCCGUGGUGCCGCCUGAUUGGCUCGUCGUGGUCGCCCGCCGCCCGGGCGUCAAGAGGGCUCUGGCGAAGUUUGACGAGCUGCUGGAGUCUAUAAAGAGGAUAUUCGGCCACACGCGCGUGCAAGUGUUUGAUGGGUCGCUGCCCAUCCUCCAGGCACAAAAACUCUUCCGGCGGGCCCGGCUGUUCGUAGCGGCCCACGGGGCAGCCAUGGCCAACAUGGUCUUCAUGCCAGCCAACGCUACAGUGCUUGAGAUUCGCCCCGAUAAGUACGAGAACGCGUGCUAUCACCACCUGGCGUACGCAUGCGAGCUGCGGUACUAUCUGACGUUCGGCAAGGGGGACUUUGAAAGCCAGGUUCAGGCUGACUUGGGGGAGGUUUCUGGCAUCUUGCAAGGGAUCAAGGAUGGGUUUGCUCCUCUGCCGGGUGAAGAGCACCCGGAAUUCACCAUGGCGACGCACAAAACAGCAGUCUUAGCUGCUGCCUUCGCUCUCUUGUUCGCGCUACAAGCCUUCGCGGAUCCCGCACCCGACCCUCGCCCUGCGAAGUGCGACUACUCGGUGGGGAAAUGGGUGAAGGCGGUGAAUCAGCCGAAGCGAUACUCGGGCAUAGGUUGGGAGCCCAACUACUGCAAGUACAUUCGCAGCGGCUUCAACUGCGAAACCAACAACCGCCCCGACCAGCUGUAUCAGCAGCUGCGCUGGCAGCCGGAAGGUUGCGACCUCAGUUAUGUUACCGCGGAGGAUUGGGGAUUCCUCAUGAAGGGAAAGAGGAUGCUUAUGGUGGGGGACUCCAUAACGAACAACGCGUAUCAGUCGCUGCUCUGCCUCAUCAGCUCGGCCGACAACAAGGGAAAGCCGUUUGACGACGACAGUGCGCCCAAAGGUCUGAGAGGCGUUGAUUUCCCGACGAUCGACUUUUCUCUGCACUUCUACUUCUCGCCCUACCUCACGCAAGCUGAGAGGCGAAAGCCCCUCGCCAACCAGACGGGCACGCCUGGUUACAAGGUUAACAUCACGACAAUCGACCCGGUCGUUCAGUACCUCGUUGCGUAUUACGACGUGGUCGUGUUUUCGACUGGUGUGUGGUGGUCGCAAAAUUAUCCGGGCAGUCCGAAGCAGCCCGACCAGUAUUACAUUCAGGGCGCUCCCGCGAACAUCAGCAACGUCAACGCGCAGUGGUACGCCGUAAAAUCCUGGGCGAAUUUCCUCGAUCGAAUUGAAUACCCCGGAAUGCCCUAUUUCCUGAGCUACUCGCCCAAGCACGGCCCAGUUCAGCCAACUGAUCCCGGGGAGGGUUCUUGCGGCGCGACAAGACCGAUGCAGUGGGAUGAGGCGAUGGAUGAGUACAGUAACCUGACUGUAGCUGAGGAUUAUUACAAGUCUCAGAAGAACGCUCUGCGCGGGUCGUUGUUCCGCUUUGUGCGUGUAACGAGGAUGAGUGAGACGAGGCCAGAGGCUCAUCUCGGCAUGUGGAAUCAAAUCCAGCCAGACGUUUCGGCAGCGUUCAAGACCCCCGAUAAGGGUGAUUGUACGCACUGGUGUCUUCCUGGGCUUCCCGAUUCGUGGAUGGAUAUGCUCUACAGUCAAAUGCUGCUGGAACCGCUGCUGCUUACACCAAAUUAG